AAAAGAUCAAGGCUGGGGGGCUGGUUAUUUAAUAUGCUCGCGGCCUCGCACUCGCAGCCGACAAUCAGGUUCUUUAUGAAUCGACUCUAAAUCUGGUGAUUUCUACAACAACAUGUAUUAUGGGCCAUGCCCUCCUAGUUAUGACUAUGCAGAACAGUAUGAAAACUACGGAUACGAUUAUUAGAAUAAGGUGCAGAACACAACACUGGCCUCAAGGCGUCCAGUCCCAGCGGUUGACGGCCGAGAACGAGGAAACGAGUACGUAAAAAGAAGCAGCGGAGCCCUGUCACUCCCUCGGAACCUUCAGAUAUGGCAUGUCUCAUCUCUGCGCUCGACAUCGAGUCUCGAAAGUAUCGCAAUGCCCUACUGUCUGUCGUGUUCCUCUAGCGGACGUGGGUAUUGUCCUUCGCGGUCGUCCGGGUUUUGCCGUCUCCUCAUUAUCCGGGAAGAAUCGGAUUCUCGAUACUCCGAGUCCGUUUCUGCAUAUUGCUGCUGGUCGUCAUCUUCGUCAUCUCCUGUCGUGGGUGACGAGUCUCCCUGAGACGCAAGAUCAUACGAUCGCCGCGUCGGCAUUGAGGUGCCAUCAUCGUCUCGGAAACGCGACUCUGGCAAAAAAUCAUCCCGUCGGCCGGAAGACCCCUCUGGCCGUCUGCUGUCUGUCUUUUUUCUGCUGCUUUUGCCCUUGCCUGGACCGCGACGCUUUUGCUCAGAGCGGAAGUGGCAAAUGUUCCCGCGUGAUUCACAAUUUCCGCAGAUAGGCUUCUUGCCGUCGCAUUUCAACUUUCGUUCUGAGACGAAGUAGUCAACCCUCAUUGCGGCACAAAGAGAAGAUAUGAACACACGUCGACAGAAGUUGCAUGCUACCCCGAUCUUCUUCUGGAUCUUUGUUGGCCUGGGAUCAUCGUCUUCGUAGGGAUAUUGGCGAGGGGUCCCUCUUGGGCCAUCGUACGACGCUGAUGCCGCUGGCGAAGGCCGAUGUAGUGGCGGCAAGUACUGAGGAUCUGGGUAAGGAUACCUUCCAUCGAACGGUCUUUCGUAAGACAAAGGCAGGCGCAGGGAUUCCUGGUCGGGGCGGAGUCUCUCGUAUGAUGCUGUAAUAGAUUGGAUCGACAGAACGCCGCUGCGGGUACCCUGGCUGGCUCGAACUGGCAUACGAUGGGAUUUGAGAAGGACCCGCUUGGCCCUCGCCCCAAGGCAGCGUGGUUUCCGCCAAACGCGAGUGACUGGUAUUGCCAGGAUAUUGCGGCGAGCUCGCGUGCUGCCGAUGUUGAAGAAUUGCUCGAUAGCUUGUCUCGCCGGGCGGCGGAUUUUGAUAAUGUGAACCGGAGGCAUGGAAUGAGGAAGAUCCCACACUGAAGCCGGAGCCGGAAGGUAGAUGCCCAGCGUCUGGUUCGUACAGUAUUGGAUGUUGUCGGUAAGAAUCUGAUGUGGCAAGAGGCCGAAGAGAAAACGGGGGAUGUCGACUUGGCUCGAACGGGACAGGGGCCUCCUCCGGCUCUUGCGAGCUUGCGCUGGGAGACGCAUUUCUUUGUUCUUGCGGCCUGUCGAAUAGAUGUGGGAUGAGGCUAGAGGGCAGCGAGCUUUCUUUAGCCAUCUCAAGGCAACCGCGGGCGAGAAAAGAGGCGAGCGGGCGGGCGGUGGCACGUAGCGUAAAGAGUGUAGUCGGAAGGAAAGAACGAGAUGGUC